CAAAAUUUGCGCGACGAUAAAGCCGCUGUCUCGGUCAGACGGUCGCCCUCGGUGUCGGAGCGACACCCGGAUUUUAUUUGUUUUAUUUUCUGCAGAAAGCUGCGUGAUGGCGUUACGGGUUUUCCGGCUGUUUGUGCGCUCGAGCGCAGCGGCGUUUAAAACCGGCUCACUCUCACAAACGGCCGGGAUCCACACGUGUCCGGGGCGGAGUCUGCGAUACGGAUGGUGGGCGUAUGUUCUGGGCGAGAGGACGACGCCCAGGCUGAAGGAGAACAGCAAGAUCUUCUGUAUAGACGGCAACCUGGCAUCUGGAAAAGGGGCACUCGCGCAGAAACUGGCCGACCGGCUGGGGAUGCUCUACAUGCCUGAGCCUGAUGUGCACUACAUGGACAAAAUGACUAAGGAGAAAGUACCUCUGGAUUCAGCCUACAACGGCAACUGCAGCCUUGAGAAGUUCUACCUGGAUCCCAAAGCCAGUGACGGAAACUCCUACCGUCUGCAGUCCUGGAUGUACCUGAUGAGGCUGCUGCAGUACUCGGACGCCGUCGAGCAUCUUCUCACCACAGGCCAAGGAGUAAUCCUUGAGAGAUCUCCUUUCAGUGAUGUGGUGUUUUUGGAAGCCAUGUUCAAUCAAGGCUACAUCAGGAAGCAGUGUGUGGAUCAUUACAAUGAGAUUAAGGACAUCAGCAUCUGUGAGUUUUGGGCCCCUCACCUCGUCAUCUAUGUGGACUCUCCUGCUGAGGAGGUGCAGAAGAAGCUCAAAGCGUCUGGAAAGCCCUAUCUCCAAAACGUAUCCCUGUCCUACCUUAAGAGCAUCGAGACUGCAUACAAGAAGACCUUCCUGCCUAAGAUCAGUGAGGAGGCUGAAGUGCUUGCGUACGAUACAACACAAGCACAGGAUAUCGAGAAGAUUGCAGAGGAUAUCGAGUAUCUGAAGUUCGAUAAGGGCCCGUGGUUGGAGCAGGAUAAUGUCACGUUCCAUCACAUGAGAAUUCUUGUGGAAGAUAAACAGCGGGUGGCGAACAUGACCUGCAUCCCCAGAUACAUCCCCGAGGUCACCAUCGGCGCUCACGAGUUUGACAAAGGCUACUACUCAUUCAGAUCGCUUCCAGGAAAGCAGUACGCAGAGGGUUACAACGAAGACGCAGGAGACAAAGGCAUCUGGCUGAAGUGAAAAGUCAACUGAAGGGAAAGCGAUGUAGAGGAAUCCUCCAUCUUGCCGAUCUCUUGUUUGUCCACAUCUCAGAGGAGAGAUAAGUUAAAACAGAUGAUGUAUUCUGCUGUUCUGCAGCUGUUCUGUAAAUUGUUAUUAAAUAAAUGGUAUAUGUUGAAAUUA